AUGGCAGCACAACGACCGGGCAAAAAGAACGUUGCAAGCCCUGCUAAUAUCAAGUCGAAGGUCUUUCUUGAUCUCCGAGAGUACAUAGCAGCAGACACUAAGUAUUUGUCCGAGGUCAUUUAUUCCGCUAUCCCCGAUGGACCCCAUAAAGAUGAACCCCAUAAAGAUCUUCUGUACGCCUUUGCGCCUGUCCCGGAGGCUUCUAAGAAGCUGAGCAAGGAUUACUCGUAUGCAUUUGUUACCAAGUCAAAUAACAAGUUUGUUCCGGGAGUAAAUGUGCUGGACGGCUGUGAUGGUGUCUCCCAGGAUUUGCGAGUUGUGAAUAGGUCUAUGGGGGCCGAUCCAUUUGGCGGCUUGCGAACAAUUCAAUUUAAGCUGAAUCUUCCUGGUUUGGAUAUGCCUGGUUUUCUCGUGUAUACGGCUGACCCGAUUACGAAGGAGCCGUUCUCGUCCGAUGAUAUCCUGAAGGAUAUUUGCUACUCGGUAAAGGCCUAUAUUACAGCUAUCAAGGACCAGUACGCCGCAGACAAAAUGCCUUACCUUGUUCAGUACGAGAAUACGCCAUUUUAUCUUGACACAAAACUGAUCAAUCGAUAUUGGUGGGAUUUUCGCACUAUCGACUUGUCGACACUGUAUCUGCUUGGCGCUUUGAAAGAUGCGGAGUCGAAGUCAUUUGUCCUCAUCCUGGGAAUUAGCCGGUAA